AUGGAUAGGCAGUUAUCUGGAACUAUGUCUCCUCACGUCGGAAAUCUAAGCUUCAUGCGGUUCAUCCAGCUUGGGGAGAAUCAAUUCCAUGGUGAGAUUCCCCAAGAAUUCGGUCGACUCUUCAGGCUAAGAGUUUUGAACCUGUCAAGUAACGCACUCGGUGGAAAAAUCCCAGCAAACCUGAGCUACUGCUCACAGAUGAUAACUAUUAGCUUAAACAGGAACAAGCUCGAAGGCAAAAUUCCAAUUGUUCAGCUGAGCAAUUUGAAGAAGCUUGAAAAUUUUCAUCUUCAUACGAACAAUUUGACAGGUGAGAUUCCCUCCUCCAUCGGGAACUUAUCAUCACUUGCUCUAGGCUUCAACAAUCUGGAGGGAAAUUUGCCCAGCGAGAUGGGGCUCUUAAAAAAAUUUGCUAUAUUAACAGCUGGAGGAAAUAAACUAUCUUGUAUAAUCCCUGCCUCUAUCUUUAAUUGUUCAGCCAUUAUUGCCAUUUCAGUACCCGCCAAUUCCUUUCAUGGCAAUCUCCCAACCAACAUAGGUCUCACCCUUCCAAAUUUGGAAGGAUUAUAUCUCGGGGCAAACAAAUUCUAUGGAAACUUUGCAACUUCAAUCACCAAUGCUUCUGGCUUGAGUAAAUCUACCGGAGAUUUAGAUUUUGUUGCAUCAUUGAUCAACUGCAGUAAUCUAAGAUCUCUUUCAUUGAGUGGCAAUGAAUUUGGUGGUAAUAUACCUAAGGUCAUGGCCAAUCUCUCAAAUCAACUGGCUGAAAUGUACUUGAGAGCAAACCAACUGUCGGGAACCAUUCCAGAAGGAAUUGGAAAUUUUGUCAACGACAGAUAG